UUGCUCAUAACAUAAACCCAUCACGUUUUUAUUUGCUUACACGGGUGCGGAUGAGAGACGAAAAGAUCUUUCUCGGUCGUACUUGUGUGAUGCUGUAAAAACCGUGUCGUCCGUCAGGUUGAACUGUCGCCUUUCAGUGUAGUCGUCCAUAAAACUCGGUUGCGGUCGUCGUCUUGUCGUGGUCGUCGCGGCGUAUUCUUUUUCUAGUGCUACUAAUUUUCGGAUUAAAAUCCCUGUGUGAAGAGAAUCGGAAAGCUGAAGUUCCUGAAGCUGCUUCCUACGGGACGACACCCAAUGGAACAAGUGCGGUUGAAUCCGUUGGUGUUUUUAUCCGAUCAAAAGUGACAGUGCUGAAGUUCUAUCGGUAUCAGUAGGUGGUGGAUUCGGGAGAAAAAAAAAUUGACCCCCGAAGGAUCAGGCUAGAAGAAGCUGUGGAAGAGUGUCGCAGUUUUUAGUGUCCAUUCGAAGAGCAACCUGGAACCCGUGCCCGUGUGCAUUAUUAUUUUUUGUUGGUCCAAAGUUGUGGGCCUAUAGAAGAAAACUCAGUGUUCUGCUUCCGGUGACGUCACAUUCCGGCGGAUUGCGGUAGAGAGGCGCUGACCUGGAACUACUGGCUGCUGGUGGUGGAUCAGGUAUCAUCUUUUUCCUUGCGUGAAAGACAUUUUUUGGAAUUCGAAGAAGGCGAAAAGAGAGUGAUUAUCGUUGGAACCUUGAAAUCAUCUGCAGGCAACUGGCAACUCUGUGCAACAGCAAUAUAAAAGCGAAUCAAGUGCGUACGUGAAGUGGAAAUACGAGAGCAAAGUGUGCAAUUCAGAGAAGAAGAGCGGGUUGGUGCGAAAAAGUAAGAAGUAUCGGAAAGAGCAAAAAUAAUACGACAGUGAAGUUUCCUAGAUAUAAAAAAUAAGCUUGCAAAAAUAAAGAUAAAUAAAAAGUAUACUCACCCGACGAAAGGGAGAGAAAAAAAGUUUAAAUAAAUAGCUUGCAGUGCGGUAUUUUGAGUGUACAUAUUCGGUGGUGUGCGUUAUUUGCAACAUACAAGUGUGAAUUAUGUAUUGUUCGGUGGAUAAAAAUCAAUCAUCUGGUGUAGUCAGUAGUAGUGGUGGUGGCGGCGGUGGUAGUGGCAGUGGAAAUGCUGGCGGCGCUGGCAGUAUCGGUGCUGGCAGUGGCGGUGGCAGCAGCGGAGGAGGCGGCGGCAGUGUUGGUAGUGGUAAUGGCAACACAACCACACCGCUGCAAAACAACACAAAAAGUGUCAAAGAAGGAGUAACAAUGCGUGAGAAAAAAGGAGGUGCCCUACAGAAGCUAAAAAAGCGGUUAUCGCACAGCUUUGGUCGAUUAUCGAUAUCACGGGAAGAGAACGACGACAGCACACAGCAAAACAACCACCAUCAUCCUCACCACCUGCACCACCACCACGGACAUGGUCACAAUCGUGGCAGUAAAGUGCCCUUCAAUGGUUACACCUCCGAGGAGUAUCUGGACCGAUUGGAACCAAAUGGAAACAUUCCGGUCGACAAAACGUACAGCAAACAUUGGAACCGAGUUGGUGAUCAUGAACGCGUUCACCGGCAACUGUCCGUGUCGUCCGAUAGCAAACUCUUAGACGAAGAUAUUAGGGAAGAAACACGUGUGAUAAUGCGACCUAAGAAGCCGCCCCGGCCCAAGUCCGAAGUGUUCCUAAAUAAACACGAUCCGCACCCCCGGAGGAAACGGUUUAGUGCAUUUGGGGGUGACUCGCCGUUUGGCAAAUCAGAAGCCUACAUCAAAUUAGAACAACUUGGAGAAGGGUCUUAUGCAACGGUAUUUAAGGGUUAUAGCAAUCUAACGAAUCAAGUAGUAGCGUUAAAGGAAAUCAGGUUACAGGAAGAGGAAGGUGCACCAUUUACGGCGAUCCGGGAGGCAUCCCUGCUGAAAGAACUGAAACAUUCGAAUAUUGUGACACUGCAUGAUAUAAUACACACGCGGGAAACGCUGACGUUUGUGUUCGAGUUUGUGAAUACCGACCUCUCGCAGUACAUGGAACGGCAUCCGGGUGGACUGGAUCAUCGGAACGUGCGGUUGUUCCUAUUUCAGCUGCUGCGGGGGCUUUCCUAUUGCCAUAAGCGACGAGUUCUGCACCGGGACGUGAAACCGCAGAACCUGCUCAUCAGCGAAAUGGGCGAACUGAAACUGGCCGACUUCGGGCUAGCCCGGGCUAAGAGUGUUCCAAGUCAUACUUACUCGCACGAGGUUGUCACGCUGUGGUAUCGACCUCCAGAUGUACUGCUAGGUAGCACCGAGUAUUCGACCUCGCUCGACAUGUGGGGUGUCGGGUGUAUAUUUGUGGAAAUGAUCACCGGCAUGCCAACGUUCCCCGGUAUCCGGGAUACGUACGAUCAGCUGGACAAGAUCUUUAAAAUCCUCGGCACCCCUACGGAGGAUUCGUGGCCGGGCGUAACGCAUUUACCAGGUUAUAAGCUACAUAUGCUAGGUUUCUUCAAGGCCCGAAAGCUAGGUUUAAGUUUCCCCCGCCUGUACGAUAUUAUCGAAGGUGAGAUGAUGGCUAGUGCUUUCCUACAGCUGAACCCGGACAACCGGAUAAGUGCUGAAGAGGCACUGCGACAUCCGUACUUUGCACCGUUGCCAAAAAAGUUAUACGAACUGCCGGAUGAAACGUCCAUCUUCACGGUGGAAGGUGUGUACCUGCAUCCGGAGCCGAACCGCCACCAUCAACACCAUAAAUGAGAGUUAAGACAAAGUAAAACCCUAGAUGCAAUACGUUAUUAUUGUUAGUAGUGAAUGCACGUGCACAAUGUGCCACCCCUGUUCUGCGUUCUGUGAUCAUGAAACAUAAAAACAAAAGUGUAAGAAAGAAGAAAUGUGUGAAAUGUGAAUUUACUAGAGAGGAAACGCCGCGAUGAAGCAAAACACUAUCCGCGAUGGAUUCAACUUGCUGCAACUAGCAAAUGCGUAACGCAAUUGUUAUAGAAAGUUGAAACAUACUGAAAUGAAUUAAAUAAAUACUGAGUAUUGCUAAGAGAGACAGCUGUGGGAAACUCUGUGGCAAAAACACGACAAACGAAAGAGGGAGGAAAACUCACUUUGAAGUAACAAUUUUCCGAUGAAGGAACACUCUGAACUAGGCAAAACGAGGACCAGCGUACGGCGCAACGAGUGGAGUAAUUCUGCCAUGCUACCCCUUAGGGACAUCCACAUGUGCUGCUGUCCGUGCAGAAUGCUAUAUCAAGUUAACUAGCUAAUCAGUAAUUAACCACCUAACUAAAGAGGCAACCUACACCUACUGAGUAUCUAUGUAGUAGAGUUGUUGAGUAGCAGGAAACCAACCAGUAGAUAUGAGAUGAAAAGAAAACAAAAUCAUGUCCACUCACACGCAUUUCGAUUGCAAUUUUAACUAUAAAUCGAUCGUCAUCAAACAAAACAAAGAAAGCAAAACAUCAAAAUCAUCAUCAGUAGUGGCGCAAAUCUAGGUCGACUUUCAUUCUAUUCGUUUUUAAAAGCAAUAGUGCAUAUAGUUUUUUUUUACAUUAACCUUAUUAACGCAAAGCAAAUGUAUUAAUAUGUUGGAUUAUCAUUUUUUUAUUAAUUCUCCACAUCCAACGUUCCCAAAUGGUUUAGUUUUAGUUUAUUUUUAAAUUACAUCUUUGAACUAGGUUGGAGUAGAGGAGAAUGUAUUAAGCCAAUAAAAUUUCACUGUGAAUUGUGCACACCACAUAUAUAUACGGCAAACAAGCAGGUAUCGUUCAUCAGUUCCUGUUGAUGAGAUCUCACCCGGAACUGAGGAGACAUUGUUUAAAGCUAGGAAGCAGGAUUGAAACGUGAUUUCAUUAAAAGAGGAAAAACUAAACAAAAGCAUUCAUUUUGAGAGUAAUGUCUCCAUUAGUUGUUUCAUUUCAUCAUUCGUGCUCGUGAGUCGAACGAAACUAUAUACCUAGGUGUCAAAUUGUGUUUGUCAUGUUCAGGCACGCUCGAAUAAGCUGUUGAACAGCUGGUAGUAGAAAUGAAAGAAAUGCGUUUAGGAAACACAUUAUAGAAAAUCGCAGGUUGCAACCGGGAAAGCGGUGAUCCUUGACCGAUGGGGCUCGUUAGAAGUGUGUGACACUGAGGUACCAAUGCAGGCACUUCUUUUACUGCCAGUGGACGCAUAACUGUUCUAUGAACUUUCAUAUACAUAUGAAACAAGUAUGCCUCCACCAACAGACAAGUAGUCUUCCAUUGGGAUGAGAACCUGUUCACUGUUGUAAAGCUAGAAAGUGAGCUUACCUGCCACCUAGAUUUUUGGAGUUUCAACCGAGUUUUGUGAAGUAUUUCGUUCGCAAUACUAACUAUUUAAAGUAUGCAAUGUUGAAACCCUCUAGAAUGCCAACACAUCAAGAAAACUGGCAACUCUGCCAGAAUCCAAGAGCCAAGUACAGCUAAGAUAAAGAUACAUCAACUGGCUUCUUUGUAAUCUGUUCUUCUUCUCUCACGAAAACGACACGGCCUACUGUCAAGAAAAUAGAAAUCCAUCAAUCAGGAGCUGGUUCACGUUCGACAGAAAAAUGGUCGUUGUUGGGUUUUAUCUUCUAGCUUUUUUUAUUAUCGGCGUACCAUCCCAGUGCAAAAUCGAACUUUUUGUCAGUGUGAACCUCGAUCUGAGGUAGGUUUGCAAAACAAACCAUCAAACUGACGUUUGUCAGAAAACAAGCAGAUCCAAUCUUGAUACCCGAUCCAGGUUGGAACUGAAUAAAAAAAUCGCUUUUAGAUUGUGCCUGUCUCAUUGCAGCUGUAUAAGCUGUGUGAGAAAACAGAAGAGUUGCCAAUCUUCUUGAUAUGUUGUCUUCGAUGUAAAUAAUUCAAAUGUGUUCGAUACCUCGUUCGAUACUAUAAGUUCUAAAUUAAUUUACUAAUUGCGUAGUCUUGCAUAAUUUCCUGCAGCAUUCCAAGCCUUAUUUCAAGACCAAUCUUGAAUUGAAUUUAUUAAAAAAAAAAUGUCCCAAAAAAAAUCAUUUCUUUAGACAGACGAGACAAUGUAUUCGUCUCACUAAAUUGUCACAAUAGCAUGUCCCUAUCGGUUAUGAAUCACUGCUAGAAUCGGAAAACAAAUGGCGAUAAGUGUGGAUGCGCUAGAGAAAGAGCGAUUGGUAGAUACAGUAGAAUGAAGUUAUUUUUUACAUUAUUAAAUGAUUUUUAGAGGACAAACAACAAAAGAAUUAGAAAGAAAUUUAUUGAAAAACUCAAUAAAAAAAAGAAAUCUUCAUUUGUAAA